AUGAGUACAAGAAAUCCCAGUCCAUAACGAAACCAACCAAACUAGCCAAAAGUAACUUCACUUUCACACAGAGAAACUCCAUUCCCUCAUUGUGAUCAAUGACCCCUCAAAAUAAGGCCAUGGAUCUCCCUAGCCACAAAUUCUUUCAACCUUCAUCUUUAAUGGACUCAACUCUUGAAAAAAACAUGAACUUGUAUGGAAAAAACAAGGACUAUUACAACAACAACAACAACAGCAACAACCCUUUUGUUGAUGACUUCAUUGAUCCACUAUGCAACCUCAACCUAAGAGAAACAUCUGAGUUUGUCAAAUCUUUACCAACACAAAACAACAAUGCAGAAAACAGAAGAUUCAACAAUGAAACUGUAACAAACAUGAGAAAACUAGAACCUCCUUCAACACCUGGUAGACCACUUUUCAGUUUCAGUUCUUCUAAGAAUCUUCCAAGAAAGAGUUUUCCUUCUAAAUGGGAUGAUGCUGAAAAAUGGCUCAUAAGCACUUCUUGUCAUGACUCACCAGCUCAUAACAACAACAUUUCUAAACUUUCAUCAGAAUCUUCAAACAUUAAGCAGAAAAUGGAAGAUUUUUCUGAGAAAUCAAGGGUUGUAGAGAAAAGGGUGUCAAAAAAUGUACCUAACUUCCAAACUUCUUCUUCAACUUUGGACCACAAUAACACUAAUGCUGCUUUCAAUGGAAUCUUAACUCCAACAGAUAUAGUACUAAAAGAUAAGUUCACAGACAGCAUAGAGCAAAUUUCACCAAAAUUCAGAUAUUCAGAACCAACAAAAGAAGGAUUCUUAUUCAGAAACCAAGCUUGUGAAACAAUGCAUGAUGCUACUUUAACAGAAAUAGUUCACGAGGUUAAACACAAAGAUGUUGGAACAGAAAUGACUCCAUUAGGAAGUUCAACAACUUCAAGAUGUCACACACCAUUCAAGAGUUCAUCGCCGGCGCGCCAUAACACUCCUGCUAGUAGAUCAGGACCAUUGGCAUUAUCUAAUACCAAUGGCUGCAAUGUUGAUGUUAUUCAGCUAGAAGAGUGUCAUUUUUCUAAACUUCAACUAGGAACACAGUAUGAUUUAGUUGCAUCAAAUUGGAGUUCAAGUGAAGAGGAGGAAAAGGAAAUAUCCAAAAGUUUGAGACAUAAUGGUAGUUUGAAAGCUGAUUCUGAUUGCAUUGCUGCUAAUUGGGAAGAAGAGGAGAAGAAUAAGUGUUGUCUUAGGUAUCAAAGAGAAGAAGCAAAAAUCCAAGCAUGGAUAAACCUCCAAAAUGCUAAAGCAGAAGCUAGGUCAAAAAAGCUUGAGGUGAAAAUACAAAAGAUGAGAUCAAACCUGGAAGAGAAGUUGAUGAAGAGGAUGUCAGUGGUUCACAGGAAAGCUGAAGAAUGGAGAGAAACAGCUAGACAAAAGCAUUUGGAACAAAUGGAGAAAUCCACUGAAAAUGCUAAAAAGAUUAUUCAUAGGCAUAACUCACAAUUUUCUAUGCACAGCUCAUGUGGAUGCUUCCCUUGUAAUAACAACCAUUAAAAAAUAUUAAAUUAUUUGAAUAUUAAUCACUUGGCACUAGCCCUUCAUGUUUUAACUUUUUAUCCAAUGUAAUUUUGUUUUUUCCAA